AUGUUGCGUAAAACAGCGGAGGGUUUGUGUCUUGCGAUACGUACCUUACCGAAAAUCCACAACACGCUGAGGAAAAAUAUCGCAGACUCAGUGUCUCAACAACACAGAUGGUUUGCGAAAAGUGUAAGUCGAGUUUUGCGUAACAAGUUUCGAUUGACAGGCGAGAGGAAACUGGGCAAAGUAAUAACUCCUGAUCCCUGGAAAGCUGGUGCACGGAACACAGUCAGUGGUGGUGGGAGGAAACUUAAUGAAAAUAAACUACUAACUAGUUCCAAAAAUCGAUUUAGUCCUUACUCUAAUGCGUUCCCAAGAUGCAGAAUAUGUGCUCAAACCGUACAUCAGCCAGGUUCCUAUUACUGUCAACAGUGUGCAUUCAAGAAAGGCAUUUGUUCGAUGUGUGGUGUACGUCUGGUUAAUACAACCCAGUAUAACCAGUCAGCUGCCUAG